UGAGAGCAGGUGGAAUCCGCACUGUGUCGCUACUGCUGCUCUCUGCCUGCCUCUCACGAAACACUAACCCAUUGGGGAGAGAGGAGCUGAGAGCGCAGAUCCGAGGCAAGGCAACUCCAGCGCAGCAGUCAAGGAAUAUUCAGCGAACAUCAUAACUUAUUAUUUUUUGAAAGCACGCGGAACGGGUGGGAUCAUAAGUUGUCACCUCGUCUGAAUAAAUAAGUUAGGCUAAUGAAAUGGCAUUAGGUUUUUCUGUGUACGCUUGACUAUCAGGAGAAUCGAAACGCCGCUCAGCUCGCGAGGGAGUGCAGGGAUCAUAUUUCCCUACUCUCUGUGUGAUCGCAUUACUUGCUCGCAGCCGAUACCCUGGAAUGGACUUAUCCAAUAGCUAAUGCCAAGACUGGAUCUAUUUUAAUGACAUUGUUUUUAAAGACACUGCGUUUUUUUUAAAGUUCGCUUCUUCUAACCUUUUUAUAAUUGAAGGGUUGUACCAAAACUCCGCGACAAUGGGGGAGCAGCCAAUCUUCACCACCAGGGCCCAUGUGUUCCAGAUUGACCCGACCACCAAGAAGAACUGGGUCCCAGCCAGCAAACAGGCAGUCACCGUUUCCUACUUCUACGACUCCACACGCAACAGCUACCGCAUCAUCAGUGUAGAUGGAUCCAAGGUAGGGGUGAUCAUCAACAGCACCAUCACCCCAAACAUGACCUUCACCAAGACGUCCCAGAAGUUUGGCCAAUGGGCUGACAGCAGAGCAAACACAGUGUUCGGACUGGGGUUCGCCUCCGAGCAGCAGCUGGCCAAGUUUGCUGAGAAGUUCCAGGAAGUGAAGGAAGCAGCGAAGCUGGCCAGGGACAAGUCACAGGAGAAGAUGGAGACAUCGAGUAACAAUUCCCAGGAGUCGGGUCGUGAGACCCCCUCGUCCACCCAGGCCUCUAGCAUCAACGGGACCGACGAUGAGAAGAUCUCCCACGGAGGACCGGAGACCGCAGCGCUGAUGAGCGAGAAUGACAAACUCAAGACCACUGUAGAACAGAGUAACACCAAUGCUAAGAAGUUGGAGACAGAGCUCCAGACUCUACGAGACAGUAAUGCUCGACUGGUAGACGCUCUAACGGAGUCCUCCGCUAACGUAGAGAUCUGGAAGAAACAACUCAACACCUGCAAGGAGGAGAGCGACACGCUGAGGGAAAAGAUAGUAGAGUUGGAGUCUCAGUGUGAAAAGGCCAACGUGGAGAAGGAGAGGAACUCUAAGCUGACUGUACGAGUUCAGGAGCUGGAGACGGAGCUGCAGGACAAGGAACAGGAACUGGAGAACCUGAGGAAGCAAGCAGAGAUCAUCCCUCAACUCAUGGCAGAGUGUGAGAGCAUCACAGAGAAACUACAGGCUGCUGAGGUGAAGAACAAGGACCUGGAGGAUAGGAUGGAGGGUCUUCAGGCCGACAUCGAGGACAGCCAGUCCAAGCAGGGCAACAUGAAGGGAGAGCUGAAGAAGUUCAUGGACGUCCUGGAUGGGAAGAUUGAUGAGCUGCACGAGUUCAGGCAGGGCCUGUCCAAACUAGGGGUGGAUAACUGAGGGAGGAAGAGACAGAGGAGAGGAGAGAGGGAUGGAGGGAUGACCGGUUAGAGAUGGAGGUUUUAGAAAUACCUUCAGGACAGGACUUUGUGGCGCCACGCCCCCAAAGUGGAGACCACACUGAACCAAUCAGCUGUAAACACACUACACAGUACAGAGAGGGAGGGGGUUG